AUGGAGUCAAACCCCACGAUACGUCGCUAUAUCACACAAAAGAAACUGUUCAUAGACAUGAUACCCUAUGACAUUGUGGAAAACAUCAACAGCUACGACACUGUCAACCACCUGCUGACAAGACCAUGGCUGUACGAGGAGUGGCUCUGGCCCGCAAAGUGGCUGUUUCUGUUCCAAGACGACAGCAUGAUCUGCUCGGCAUCGAAGCUCACGCUGAACGAUUUCGUGGACGAGGACUGGUCAUUUAUCGGAGGCUCGGCAUACAGCACCACUGUGCCUAACGGAGUAAACGGUGGCUUCUCUCUGCGCAAGAUACCGCAUCUCAUCCAGGCCCUGCGCACACGGUCAUUCGAAGAGUUCGUCGCGGACGGUAAUGCCGCCUCCGAGGACCACUACUUUUCAAUGUCGAUGUGGGACCUUCCCGGGACGAAGAUGCCCAUCGGAACGGAGGCUAUUAGGUUCGGGGUGGUCAUUCACUACGACCCGGACCCCAAUGAGAUGCCGCUGGGAUUCCACCCUUACUCAUCGGAUGGGCUGUUCAGGGGCCGAGAGGGCCAGGCGAAUCAAGAUAAGGCAUACGCAUAUUGCCCGGAGUUGGGCAUCAUCUCGCUGGGACGCUGGGACUGUCAUUGCAGUCCGAACAAGAAGAGACCUGGUGGGCUCGGAGACUAG